GAGGGCGGGUAAGAGGCGGGCCAGCCCCAGCAGUGCUGCGCUGGAGCCUUCCUCACCCCGAAGAGGAGCGUCAAGCGGCCCCGUGCCGAGCCCCUGCCAUGGGCUCCCGGCUGUCGGUGGAUGACUCCGUGCGCGUCGUCAUCGUCGGCGGUGGCUUCGGGGGCACGGCGGCCGCCAGCCAGCUGAAGGCCUGGGCCAUCCCCUUCGUGCUGGUGGAUAUGAGAGAUGCUUUCCAUCACAACGUCGCUGCCCUGCGGGCCUCCGUGGAGAGCGGAUUUGCCAGGAAGACUUUCAUCUCCUACUCCAUCACCUUUGGCGACAGCUUCCGACAAGGCCAGGUUGUCGGCAUAGACCCCGCGAGGCAGCUGGUCCUGCUCAGCGAUGGUGAGGAGCUUCACUACUCCCAUCUCAUUCUUGCAACAGGCAGCAAUGGGCCAUUCCCUGGGAAGUUCAACAAAGUCAUCGACAUGGAAAGCGCCAUCCAGACCUAUGAAGACAUGGUUAAGGAGAUUGAGAAAGCUGAGCGCAUCCUGGUAGUGGGAGGUGGAGCUGCUGGUGUCGAGAUGGCUGCAGAGAUCAAAACAGAGUACCCAGCCAAAGAGGUCACCCUCAUUCACUCCAAAAUUGCACUAGCUGAUGCAGAGCUGCUCCAUAGCGUCCGUCAGGAGGUGAAGGAGAUUCUCCUCCAGAAAGGAGUGCGCCUCCUAUUAGGUGAAAGGGUAAGCAACGUGAAAAACCUCACAACAAACCAGUUCCAGAAGGACAUGGUAGUAAGGACAGAAAAAGGCACAGAGGUGGCUGUUGACAUGGUGGUCCUGUGCACGGGGAUAAAGAUCAACUCUUCAGCAUAUGCCUCUGCAUUUGCAGGAGACAAGCUGGCAAGUAAUGGAGCUUUGCGCGUUAACGAGCACCUCCAGGUGGAAGGCUACGAGAACAUCUACGCCAUCGGGGACUGUGCAGACCUGAAGGAACCCAAGAUGGCCUACCACGCUGGGCUCCACGCCAACAUCGUGGUGACAAAUAUCAUCAACAGCCUGACACACAAGCCGCUUAAAACCUACCAGCCAGGCUCCUUAACAUUCCUGCUUUCAAUGGGUAAGAAUGAUGGCGUAGGGCAGGUGAACGGCUACUACGUGGGACGCCUCCUGGUGACCAUUGCUAAGAGCCGGGACCUGUUUGUCUCCAAGAGCUGGAAGACAAUGGGACAGACAAUGCCCUCUUAACAGGGGACUAGAAACAAACCAGCAAGGAAGUCAACAACUGGAAGAAGGUGAGGGUGCACUGUUGUUGCUUGGACAGACCGAUGCUGUCUCCCACACCACCUCCGAAAGCCACCCUUCAGUGUAAUACAUUGAAGGGGGCCCUGUGUUACUGUAAAGGGGAAGGAGGCACUUUCCAAAUUAAUGAGCAAAGUUCUCAUCAUAAAAAACAAGGAAGGAACAUUUCGUUUACUUUCCUGGUGAGAUAGCUCUGAGCAAGAAACUUGGUUUACCUCCAUUUGUAACAAUAAACACUGUGGUUUUCAAAA